GUCAGCAACAGUGCCAUGUAAGCAGUGCCACGUCAGCAGUGCCACGUCAGCAGUGCCCCGCCACCAUGACGGGCUCAGCUCUGGGCAUGCCAGGCCAACUGGCCAACGAGUCCAUUGCCGAGUACAAACAGCGGUUCCAGACUCAGCUCGCACUGAUCAAGGCUGAGGAACAGCGCCAGGUGGCAGCCGAGGCUGUCUGCCUACAGGCUGAAGUGGCGGCAACAGCUGAGAAGCAGCGACUUCAAGCCGAGGCUGAAGCAGAUACCCAGGCACGCCGCAAGGAGGCCCUGGAUCUGCUACAGCGGCAUGAAGCCACCAGCAUAGAAAAGCUCAAGUUUUGGCACUUUGAACCAUCUGAGGAGCACGACGACGCGACUCCGGAGGAGCAGCACAAGGAAUUCAUGGCCAAACUCGUGACUAGGUUGGUUUACACUUGUAACCACCUGCAGUCCGAGCUGGUGAACCUCCGGCGGGCCGUACGAAACCACAAGGUUCAGCACGAGGAUGCAGCACGGGCACUCGAUUCCCGUGUACAGGACUUGGAGCAAACUGCACCAAGACCGGAGGCCGGCGAGUCCAGCAAUGCACCCUCUGCCCGCCAACAGGAGGAACGAGUUGACCACGUAGUCGCAAUGCUCGGCGACAUCAGUACCUUCGCUGCACCAGCCACCACCAGCAACCAGCUGGACACCAUGAAGACCGAGGUUCAGCAACUGCAGCUGCCUAACAAAGAUGGCAACACCACUCAGCAUUACAAGAUGCCGACAUUCCAAAUCGAGAAGUUCGAUGAUUAUACGCAUCAAGACCCACACGCGUACAUCGACGCGCUGUUCCUCAACUCAAAGGGGGGAUGCCAGAUCUGGUUGAGCCACCUGGCAACCGUCCACGGCGUCGACGUCGCAGAUCUGAAAGAUAAGAUCUCUUGGGAAGAGUUAACAUGGCUAUGGAAGAAGCGGUUCAUCGUGGACGACGCCCCGACGCUCGCCAUCAACCGCCUCUUCGCUAUAACGCAAGGCAACACAUCGACACGUGACGGGCUCACGGAAUGGCAAAAGAUCGCGGCAACGCCCGAUCUUGACUUGCCAUUUUCGCAUCUGUGCCGCGAGUUCUACAACCGGUCAUGUGCCGCCUUGAGCCUUGCACUUGGUGAUCGCGAGCAAUACGCGACCUUCGCCGAAAUCAUCGACAAGGCAAGGGAGAUCAUCAAGACCAAUAGGGCAGCUGCACACGAGAAAUCAGCAUGGCAGCCAACCUAUGUGGAGAAGGUGGCUGCUGUCCAGCCGCGAAGCAACAACAAGUCCCGAGGGAACGGGAAGGCGAAAACCGCAUCGUCGGCCGGAAACGGACAGCCCGCACCAUGGGUCAAGUUUCACUUGCCCGGAUCAAGGCAAGGAGGAUGUUCGGCCUCGUAUCAACUCGGGAAACUGAGUUUCGCGGGAGGUGAGGUGACUCCACCUCUCACUCCGCCAGAUUCGGCCGCCUUGCUAGCGGCCUCCUACACAUCUGGGGAGGAUGCGAAUGUCGCAAGUUCUCGGUACACUUACGAGGACUAUGUUGUCCACUUGGUCCCACCGUUGGACCAACCGCUCCACGUGCAACAAUCUACCGCAUGCACGGUUUCACUACCAUCGGCAACCGAGUCGGCAACUUCGCCGCCAUCUAUAGCCGGGGAUUCGACGAUAUGGUCAAGACUUGAAGAGCUCGACCCGUUGACGUUUGCGGACUUCCAAUGGAUGCCCCUUCCCCGCUCCGGUCGAUUGCCGAAACCGCAUAGCAACGUGCUCAUGGCACAAUUGCCGGAUUACUUGCACACUGCAGUACCAACUUCGUUGAUGGACGCCGGAGUAGAGGUUGUCGACCUUCACAAUUACAUUGCGAAGAUCGACCGCGAGUUCAGGACACAACGGUACGACGACAUCGACGCACCAUUGUUAUAUGUACGCAUUCAGAUCGGAGAGGCGACCUGCAGCGCUUUGAUCGAUUGCGGAGCAUCUCGCAACUACAUGAGCCAGGACUUUAUGGUACGCGUCGGCCUUGGCCCACACGUCCGGAGGAAGUCCCAGCCUGCGUAAGUCACGUUGGCAGAUGGUCACACGCACAAGUCAAUAGACGGUGCAUAGAUGACAUCCCCGUGUACUUUGCCCCGCAUACA